GUUUUGCGUCGCUUUUUUGUUUCGAGAAGCGCCCAAAAUCUCUCCCCGUCUGCAGUUGCGCUAGCGGGUGCUGGUGGUGCGAGGGGAUAUUCUUGACUCCCUUAAGUUGUACAUCAAGUCAUUUUCUUUAGAAGACCAGAAGAACCGAAGAAACCAGCAAAAUGACGGAAGCCGAGAUGCUCAUGGAGGAAAAGCUCCGCAAGAAGAAGGAAGAAGAAGAAGAAAUGUGGGCGGAGUAUUUGGAGCAGCGCAGGAAGCAACGCGCAAAGGAGGAAGAAGAACUACGCAGGCUCAAAGAGAGACAGGCGAAAAGAAAAAUGCAACGGGCAGAACAGGAGGCCAAGCUCAUGGAAUUGAAGAAGAAGCAAGAAGAGCAGAGGAUCCGAGAGAUGGAAGAGAAGAAGGCUCGUGAGGCCGAAGCCAAGCGCAAGAGGCUCGAAGAAGCCGAACGCAAGCGUCAGGCCAUGCAGGCCGCUAAGGAGAAACGCGAGGCCGAGCCUGUUAAGCCUAACUUCGUCAUCACCAAGAAGGAAGGCGACGACAUGGGCUCCGCUCUCGGUGGUUCUGGCUUCGACAAAUUCGCCAACAUCAUGUACGCCCGCGGUGAGAUGGGCAAGACAAAGGAGCAGCUGGACGACGACAAGAAAGCCAUCAUGUCCUUCCGUGUGAAGCCUCUGGAGAUGGAAGGCCUCACCGUCGAACAACUGCGUGAGAAGGCCAAGGAACUCUGGGAGAGGAUCGUCGGUCUCGAGUCCGACAAGUACGAUCUGGAGGAACGCCAGAAGCGCCAGGACUACGAUCUGAAGGAACUGGCUGAACGUCAAAGGCAGAUCAACCGCAACAGGGCGCUCAAGAAGGGUCUCGACCCAGAGGCUCUGCAGGGAAAGCACCCGCCCAAGAUCCAAGUGGCGAGCAAAUAUGAGCGCCGCCUGGACCGACGGUCUUUCGGCGACAAGAAAGAAAUGUUCGAAGGCGGCUUGGAAGCCAUGACCGACGCUGAAAUGGAAAAACAAUGGGAGGAAAGGAUGCUGAACUUCAAGGAAGCAGCCCGUGGAGGUCUGCCCAAGUGGGAUCCCGAGAACCCAAAGAACAAGCAGUCUGUGGUGCACAGGCACGUGGACGACGAAGAAGAAGAAGAGGAACUUGCACCCCCAGUGUUCGAACCACCACCAGCACCCAAGCCCGCACCAAAACCUGUCCAACAACAGGAAGAGGAAGAAGAGGAGGAGGAAGAAGAAGAGGAGGAGGAAGAGGAGGAAGAAGAAGAGGAAGAGGAGGAAGAAGAAGAGGAAUAAAUGCUUUCUGGUCUUGUAUUUUCCUCUGGCCCUACUCUCCGUUCAAAAGCGAAUCUUCACUUUCUUGACUCUGACAAGAAGACUUUCGAAGCAAUCAGCCAAACAUGGACGAAUUGUUUAUUCAUCAGUACGUUUGACUAUCCCUCCUCCUUGUAUGGCUGCUCUCUGCUAUAGGAAAUAAACGUUCGAAAGC